UGCGACUAGAGGGCUGAAAAAUACUUUCACUUCCCACAAGUGGUCGAAUAGUUAUCAAAUUUAAUUUUCGAAAUGUAUUGUAUCUUCCUAUUCAUUUGUUGAUCGAAAGUUUGUUAUCGUGUCUUCGAAUAUUCAGUGCUGUUUAUAGUAUAAUUGCAUACGUCAAAAUGGCCGAGCUGAUUGCGGUACCUUUAAAGAAGCCGUCCGAUGUCGAUGUUAUUAAACCGUUAACAAACGUCAUUAAAUCGACGUACAGCAGUGCGGGUAAUCAAAAAGAUUAUACGGAAGCAAUCGCCGAUUUUAGCAAAUUAAGGAACAACGCAUUGUGGCGAGCUUUCGAGAAGUAUGAAAGCUGCUUGGAGGUUAUAUACAGUUAUUAUGAUCAAUUGUGCGCAUUAGAGGGUAAGAUACCUGCUCACGAAUUACAGAUCCCAUUCAAAUGGAAAGAUGCAUUUGAUCGUACCAUAUUUGGUGGAAAACUUAGUUUAACUAUUAGUACAUUAGCUUAUGAAAAAGUAUGUGUAUUAUUUAAUAUUGCUGCCCUUCAAAGUUCAGUAGCUGCAACUCAAUCAUUGGAUAACGAUGAAGGAUUAAAAUUGGCAGCUAAAUUAUUUCAGCAAUCUGCAGGCAUCUUCAAUUAUCUUAAAGGAAAUGUUAUGAUGGCGAUUCAGCAAGAACCAACACCUGACAUUAGCCCAGAAACAUUAGGUGCACUGUCUGCGCUGAUGCUUGCUCAAGCUCAAGAAAUAUUUGUACAUAAAGCAAUUCACGACGCCAUGAAGGAUGGAAUUGUAGCUAAACUAGCCGCACAAGCUGAGGAAUUAUAUGCAGAUGCAUUAAAGUUGUUCCAAAAAGAGAUUUUCAGGGCAUUUUGGGACAAAGAAUGGAUUCCUUUGAUAGCUGGAAAGCAAGCUGGAUACCGAGCAAUGUCUGAAUUUUAUCAAUCGUUAGUAUGUAAAAAUAAUAAAACCAUUGGAGAAGAAAUUGCUAGACUAGAGCAUGCUGUAGAAUUGUUCAAGGCAGCACAACAGCGCUCAAACAAGCCUGCCUUGUUCCAAGAUUAUGCGAAUCGAGCUCAAAGAAAUCUUACGGAAGUGAAGAAGGAUAACGACUUCAUUUAUCAUGAAAGGAUACCAGAUGUAAAAUCUUUGGAGCCUGUGGGUAAAGCCCAUGUUGCAAAAUUACUAGCUAUGCCGGACGUAUUCAGUACAAAUUUCAAAGAUCUUUUCGAUGAUUUGUUGCCAGUUAGUGUCCACCAAGCAAUGUCAUCUUAUGAUCUCCGUCGCAACGAAUUGGUAAAUUCAGAAAUUUCGAAACUACGAGAAAUGACACAGGUUUUGAAUAGUGUUCUGGCGAGUUUAAAUUUACCUGCCGCCAUUGAGGAUACGAGUGGUACUGAAUUACCUCAGUCUUUAUUGGAGAAGGCCCAGUACGUGAAGGAAGCAGGUGGAAUCAAGGCUUUAGAAAACGCUAUGACCGAGUUGCCUGAUCUUUUGCAAAGAAAUAAAGAACUCUUGGAUGAGUCCGAAAGAAUGCUUCAAGAAGAACGACAAUCUGAUGAUCAAUUGAGAGAACAAUUCAAGGAACGCUGGACAAGAACACCCAGUUCUCGUCUGCAAGACCAGUUUAAUGUUGUUUUACGAAAAUACCGUGAAAUUAUUAAUAACGCAGUCACAGCUGAUAAGACUGUUCGUGAAAAAUACGAAAACCACAGGGAAGGUAUGGAAAUUUUAAGUUUAGACGACAGUGCUAUGAUCAAUGUAGUACCAACUGGAUCAGCUGUACAGGAAAGCCAUACGGUUGGACAACUUAGGAAACUUAUGGAAACUGUGGAAACUUUGAAAGCAGAACGCGAUGUUAUAGAAAGUGAACUACAGUCCGCUGUUACCGAUAUGAAAACGACAUUCCUGUCAGCGCUUGCUAAGGAUGGUGCAAUCGAUGAGCCGAACUUGUCUGUGGAAAAUAUAGGAAAGACAUACGGACCUUUGCAGAAGCAAGUGAGAGACAGUGUCAUGCGACAGGAGCAGUUGAUUGCCGACAUUCAAAGGUGUCAUGCCGAAUUUACGAACGAACAAUCUGGCAGUGGUAGUUCGAGAGAAGCCAUGAUGUGCAAACUUGCAGCUGCUUAUGAUUCAUAUAAGGAAUUAAAAAACAAUUUAAACGAAGGGGCAAAGUUCUAUAACGAUUUAACACAGUUGCUGGUGGUCUUCCAAAAUAAAAUAUCUGAUUUUUGCUUCGCUCGGAAAACCGAGAAAGAGGAGCUACUGAAAGAUUUGACGACAAAUUUGAGUCAUACUGGACCAGCUACCACCCCUACCAUUCCAACUCAUCACAGUGGAAUGCCUGGCCAAAAUCAAUCUGGAUCCGAACAAAGUCCACCAUCACAAUUACCGUACCCUACACACUAUCAAGGAGGAAUGCCUAUACCAUACGGAGCUGGUCCUGCAACACCAUACCCUGCAUAUAUUCCGCCUCCCAUGCCUGCAACGUAUAAUCCAUAUGCCACAAUGCCUUAUCCUUCUCAAGGAAAUUACAAUCCGUAUCAGGGUAUGCCACCAACCCCUUAUGGUGGAUACGCGACUAUGCCACGCUAUGGUGGAAACCAACCACCACCUGGCCAUAAUCCAUUUUGAAGAGUAGAUUGUAUGUUACAUGUAUUACGAUUACAAUUAUAGACACGUGAACGUAUGAAAGCAGCAAAGAAAAGCUUACAUGUAAUAAUGUCGCAGAAUUUAAAGCAAAAUAUAUUUCAAUUACACCUCAUCUUGUCCGAUAUGAAUAAAAUAACUUUUAAGAUCAAUUUAGAGGACAAAUCUCUCCUUGAUUGUUGUUGCAUUUCAUCCAGUUGAAUUUUGAUGCAUUCGACAUGCAUCAAUACAUGAUGUAAGUUAUGCUUUAAAUAAUGCUUCAUGAAAUGAAAUGGAAGGUCUACAGCUUUGGCAACAUAUAAAUAUAUUUUGUAACAGAACAACGUACAGUACACGAUUAUUAAUAACGCCACCAAAUUAUAAUGCUGUAUGGUUAUUGCCUUAAUUUUGUAUUCAUAGACGAACAAUUUUAUAUAUAUAUAUAUUACUGAUUCUAUGCUAUGUAACACUGUUUGCAACUGUGCUUUCGUUUCGAAUUGUAUAUUAUAUAUUUUUUGUAAUAAAUUAGAAUGUUCUCUUUAA